UCCCGCAGAAGGAAGGUGUUCCCAGAGACUGGGGUGGACUGGGCUGAGCCCUCGCACCCCGGGUAUUUGCCUUAGUUGCCUCUGGCAGUGUUUCCAAGCAACGCUUUUCGUUGUAGUUUGACUUUUGGAUUCCAGCACUAUAAGAUUGAUAUUAAAGACAUGGUUUUCACCCCUCUUCAUCAACGCACAUAAGUUAUCUCUUCUUUUUGGACCCCUAUUUUAUACCACAAUGCAACAAGCUUUAGAACUAGCUUUGGAUCGUGCUGAGUAUGUCAUUGAAAGUGCCCGACAGAGACCUCCUAAAAGGAAAUACCUGUCUAGUGGAAGAAAAUCUGUAUUUCAAAAACUUUAUGACUUAUAUAUUGAAGAAUGUGAAAAAGAGCCUGAAGUUAAGAAAUUAAGAAGAAAUGUGAAUUUGUUAGAGAAGCUUGUUAUGCAAGAGACAUUGUCCUGUUUAGUGGUCAACCUAUACCCAGGAAAUGAGGGAUAUUCUCUGAUGCUCAGGGGAAAAAAUGGAUCAGAUUCUGAGACCAUUCGACUGCCUUAUGAAGAAGGAGAAUUGCUUGAAUACUUGGAUGCAGAAGAAUUACCUCCUAUUUUGGUUGAUCUCCUAGAAAAAUCUCAGGUUAAUAUUUUUCAUUGUGGAUGUGUCAUAGCAGAAAUACGUGACUACAGGCAGUCCAGUAAUAUGAAGUCUCCUGGUUACCAAAGUAGGCAUAUUCUCUUACGACCAACAAUGCAGACUUUGAUCUGUGAUGUACAUUCAAUAACAAGCGAUAACCACAAAUGGACCCAGGAAGACAAACUUUUGCUUGAGAGCCAGCUGAUCCUAGCUACAGCAGAACCAUUGUGUCUUGAUCCUUCUAUAGCAGUAACCUGCACUGCAAACAGGCUGCUUUAUAACAAGCAAAAGAUGAACACACGCCCAAUGAAACGGUGUUUCAAGAGGUAUUCCAGGUCCUCUCUGAACCGGCAACAGGAUCUGUCCCAUUGUCCACCUCCUCCGCAGCUAAAAUUACUUGAUUUCUUACAAAAAAGGAAGGAAAGAAAAGCAGGUCAACAUUAUGACCUCAAGAUAUCUAAAGCAGGAAAUUGUGUAGAUAUGUGGAAGCGGAGUCCCUGUAAUUUGGCCAUACCUUCCGAAGUGGAUGUGGAGAAAUACGCUAAAGUGGAAAAGUCCAUCAAAUCUGAUGACUCACAACCAACAGUCUGGCCAGCCCAUGAUGUAAAAGAUGAUUAUGUGUUUGAAUGUGAAGCUGGUAAUCAGUAUCAGAAAACAAAGCUGACCAUUUUGCAGUCACUUGGUGAUCCACUUUAUUAUGGUAAAAUACAGCCAUGUAAAGAAGAUGAAGAAAAUGACAACCAGGUGUCUCCAUCCCACUCCUCCACAGAUGAUCAUUCAAAUUGGUUUAUUAUUGGAUCAAAGACUGAUGCUGAGAGGGUAGUCAAUCAAUACCAGGAAUUGGUCCAGAAUGAAGCCAAAUGUCCAGUUAAAAUGUCACACAGCUCUAGUGGCUCAGCCAGCUUGAGUCAGCUUUCUCCAGGGAAAGAAACAGAACAGCCCGAGACUGUGUCAGUUCAGUCUUCAGUAUUGGGAAAGGGAGUAAAACAUCGACCUCCACCCAUCAAACUUCCUUCAAGCUCAGGAAGUAGUUCUUCAGGUAACUAUUUUACACCACAGCAGGCCAGCAGCUUUCUUAAAUCUCCAACUCCUCCUCCUGCUUCCAAGCCACCGAGUCUUUCUCGGAAGUCAUCUGUGGAUCUCAAUCAAGUUAGCAUGCUUUCUCCAGCUGCCCUGUCACCUGCCAGCUCAUCACAAAGAUCUGGAACUCCUAAGCCAUCUACUCCUACACCAACCCCUUCAUCGACCCCACACCCUCCUGAUGCUCAGAGCUCAACUCCUAUUACCCCUUCAGCCACCCCUACUCCCCAAGAUUCAGGCUUCACCCCUCAGCCCACUUUGUUAACUCAGUUUGCUCAGCAGCAAAGGUCUCUGAGCCAGGCAAUGCCUGUAACGACCAUUCCUCUUUCCACUAUGGUAACAUCCAUAACUACAGGAACCACGGCCACCCAGGUCAUGGCAAACUCUGCUGGACUUAACUUCAUCAAUGUAGUGGGCUCUGUUUGUGGAGCUCAGGCUUUGAUGAGUGGUUCAAACCCUAUGCUGGGCUGUAACACUGGUGCCAUAACUCCUGCAGGAAUAAACCUGAGUGGCCUUCUACCCUCAGGCGGUCUGCUACCAAAUGCAUUGCCCGGUGCAAUGCAGGCAGCUUCUCAAGCAGGUGUUCCAUUUGGUUUAAAAAAUACUUCAAAUCUCAGGCCCUUAAAUCUACUCCAGCUUCCAGGUGGUUCACUCAUUUUUAACACUCUGCAGCAGCAACAACAGCAGCUCUCUCAGUUUACACCACAGCAGCCUCAGCAACCUACAAUUUCUAGUCCGCAACAGCCAGGGGAGCAGGGUUCUGAACAAGGUUCAACCAGUCAAGAACAGGCCUUAUCUGCUCAGCACGCUGCUGUUAUUAACCUUGCUGGAGUAGGAAGUUUUAUGCAAUCACAGGCAGCUGCAGUUGCGAUUCUUGCAGCAUCAAAUGGCUAUGGCAGCAGCAGCAGCACAAACAGCUCAGCUACAUCGUCAUCGGCAUACAGGCAGCCAGUCAAAAAGUAAAAUGAAGAGAGGCACGCCAACCACUCCAAAAUUCUGAGUCUUGCUUUUCUUUUUUUUUUUCUCUUUUUUAAAAGCA